AUGGAGGAUGGCGGGGGUGGGCAGAGGGAGGAGUUCCCAGCCAGUGUAAGUGGCUGGGCAUUGGGACCUUUAACCGAGGGGCAGGGCGUUGACGGCGGCGCUGAUGGCAGCGGGGACCCCUGUGGCAUCACCCACGUUGGACUUUGUGACACCGGGGCCGGGAAGUCCCAGAAGUGGGAUGAGUCGAACUUCCUGGACCCAGCGUACAGAAACUGCGAUUUCAUGAAGAUGAAUGAGCCCGGCACUCGCCAGCUCGGUCUGGAGGAGGACGGGAGAGGUGCAAAGAGUGAUUUGGAAACUAAAGAAGCCAUGACCCUCGACAGCUUAGCUAAUAAAUUAGCCACCACUGAUACCUCGGAGCUCAACUAUCCAGUGCGGGAGCCGGAGAAGGAUGGGGCGCACACCAGCAAAAUCUUCCUGGACAAACAAGAGAAACAGCGGCAGUUCGAAAUGAAAGGGAAGCUUCACUACAACCAAGGACUGAACAUCAAACAGGCCAGACAGUUGAUUUCCAAAGAUCUACAACGUGAGGAGGAGGAGGAUAAAAACAAAGAAAGUUGGCAUGCCACCAGCCAAGACAAGACUACCACCAUGGAAGAAUCAGAGGAAGGCCCCACUAGCGACGAGGAACUGCAGACCCAGUCAUUCUACGAGAAGACAACGUUUGAUCAACGCUGCAAUUGUUUGUCAGAUCCAAACCCUGUUACUAUAACCUGCGGCUUCUUGUUCUUUAGAGCUCAUGCUUCAAAGAGAGCAGUAGCCUUCCGAGGAGCUCUGGUCUCUUGUGAGGUCCUCCUGUCCGAAGCACAGGCACACACUGCUCUACGCCAGGCAAAGCUUGGUCCCCAGAACGGCAGCAUCAGCAUCACCCAGACGCUGCUUAGAAAUGCAAAUUCUCAGGCCCCAUCCCAGACUUACAAAAUCAGCAGCUCUGGGGCUAGUGCCCAGCAAUCUGGGCUUUAA